CGAGAGCCCUCGAGCCAGCCGUGGCCAUACUCAAAUCGUCACGACCUGCACUCUCGAGACGAUCAAUUGCGGCGAUUCAGAACUCGCGAUACCCCAUUGUCUACGCCGCGCAACGAUCAGCAUUCUCGACAAGUCCACGCCAUGACUUCCCGAUGCCAUCAGAGAGCAUGUUCCGCUCAUCAUCGACAGUAGGCGGACCUCCAAGCACAUACUUCCAGCGCUCAUCCUUGCCUGCAAACACCAUCGUUAAGUUUGUUCCACAACAAACGGCGUGGAUAGUGGAGCGUAUGGGACGGUUCAACCGCAUCCUUCAGCCUGGCCUAGCAAUUUUGGUGCCUGUUAUCGAUCGGAUAGCUUACGUCAAAAGCUUGAAGGAAAAUGCCAUGGAAAUACCUUCGCAAAGCGCAAUAACAGCAGACAAUGUUACUUUGGGCAUCGAUGGUGUGCUCUACACCCGGGUGAUGGAUCCAUACAAGGCCAGCUACGGUGUUGAAGAUGCCGAUUAUGCCAUAUCGCAAUUGGCGCAAACGACCAUGCGCAGCGAGAUUGGUCAGCUUACCUUGGAUCACGUCUUGAAAGAGCGCGCGGCAUUGAACACGAAUAUCACACAAGCUAUCAACGAAGCUGCAGCAGACUGGGGCGUGCGCUGUCUCAGAUACGAGAUCAGAGAUAUUCACGCUCCUGCACCUGUGGUCGAGGCCAUGCAUAGACAGGUCACAGCAGAGCGAAGCAAACGUGCAGAAAUUCUUGACUCGGAAGGUCAACGUCAAUCUGCCAUCAAUAUCGCUGAAGGUCGCAAGCAGUCCGUUAUCCUUGCAUCUGAGGCCAUUAAGUCGGAGCAGAUCAAUGCCGCUUCUGGUGAGGCUGAAGCAAUCCUGUUGAAGGCCAAUGCAACUGCAAGAGGUAUUGACGCUGUUGCGAAGAGCUUGAGCGAAGGCAAGCAGGCUGCUCAAGGUGCUGUGUCCCUUUCCGUCGCCGAGAAAUACGUGGAGGCUUUCGGCAAGCUUGCCAAGGAAGGCACGAGUGUGGUGGUUCCAGGAAACGUUGGCGAUAUCGGGCAAAUGAUAGCUACCGCAAUGUCUGUGUACGGCAACGUUUCUCAGUCGCAGGCAAAGGCGCAAGCGCAACAGCUGCUAUCUCAGGAAUCUGAUAGCAAGUCAGAGCAUCAAAAUGAGCGAUUGCCGGAAGGCAGGAACGAGGUGCAGCAGAGCGUACUCGACAGCUUCGAAAAGACGCAAAACAGGCACUAAAACCACAUCCUGCACGAGUUCGGAUUUAAAGUCACAAGAAGCCAGCGGCAUGAAAUAGGCGUUCAAAUGCUUGAGAAGGGUACGUGCUAUCACGCACAAGAAGUGGCCAGCAUCGGUGGUUUACGAAGCAUCACUCUGUAUGGCUGUCAGCCUAUGUAAAUCUAGCAACUUCACUUUGUUUAUAAGAUUGAGCAUCUCGACCUCGACAACGGCAUCUCAAUCACAAAUUUGUAAAGAAGAUGUCCACACCAGGCCUCUGGUGGGGCGC